CACAACUGACUCAAGAUGGUCGCCGGAGCGUAUGCAACGAGCCCCAGAAGGCAGAAAACGUACAAAAAUGGCUACUCUACCAAAGCUAAUGGAUUUGCAGCUCAUGAGCAAGCGAAACUUAAAGAGUUUAAAGAGUCUUUUACCGAGGAUUUCGAGGAUACACCGUUUCAAGUCGCUGUUUUAACGUAUCUAUCUUACUUCUUUUUGAUUCUGUUCGGCUACUUACGUGACUUCAUGCGAAAAUACGGUUUGGAAAAGUCGAAAGCACCGAAAGAGGGCGGAAAUGAGGGUUUUGUCCCUCUUUAUGCGGAUUUUGAAAGUUUCUACACAAGGAAUCUUUAUACUCGAAUAAGAGACUGCUGGAACAGACCAAUCUGCAGUGUUCCUGGUGCAGAUAUUGAAAUUCUUGAUAGAGUCACUGAUAAUUAUGGGUGGUCUUUCAGAAAAACUGGAGAGACCACAAAAGCACUUAAUCUUGGUUCUUAUAACUACCUUGGCUUUGCGGAAAAUGUGGGUCCAUGUGCUGAGGCUGCUGAGAAAACAGUGCUUAAAUAUGGUCUGGGAGGCUGUAGUCCAAGACAUGAAUAUGGAACUCUUCACAUUCAUGAUGAACUGGAAGCUCUUGUGGCACGGUUUCUUAAUAAGCCUGCAGCAAUAGCUUUUGGAAUGGGUUUUGCUACAAACUCCACCAACAUACCCACUCUUGUGGGGAAAGGUGAUUUGAUUGUCAGUGAUGAGUUGAAUCACUCCUCCCUUGUUCUGGGAGCCAGAUUGUCUGGGGCUAAAAUAAAAGUCUUCAAACAUAAUGACAUGAAAAGCCUGGAGAAUAUUCUUCGCGAAUCUGUUGUUCAGGGACAGCCACGCACUCACAGACCUUGGGGAAAAAUUCUCAUCAUUGUUGAAGGAAUUUACAGUAUGGAAGGUUCAAUAGUGAGAUUGCCUGAGGUAGUAGCUCUUAAAAAGAAGUACAAAGCUUACCUUUUCCUUGACGAGGCUCACAGUAUUGGUGCUAUGGGCCCCAAUGGAAGAGGUGUAACAGACUACUUUGGGGUGGACCCUGCUGAUGUUGACAUCAUGAUGGGAACAUUUACGAAGAGUUUUGGUGCAGCUGGGGGAUACAUUGCUGCAACUGAGGAAAUAAUAAACCAUAUCAGGGGAAGUUCCCACAGUGCUGCAUAUGCUUCUUCCAUGUCACCCCCUGUUGUGAUGCAGAUUAUUGCUUCCAUGAAGAUGAUUAUGGGUGAAGAUGGCACUGACAAAGGAAAGAAACGACUCGUUCAAUUGGCUGAAAAUUGCAAGUACUUCCGACAGAGACUCAAGCAGAUGGGAUUUAUUGUGUACGGUCAUGAUGCCUCCCCAGUCGUUCCUCUUCUUCUCUACAUGCCAGCAAAAAUCGCUGCAUUUGGCCGUGAAAUGCUGAAAAGGAACGUUGCUGUGGUUGUGGUUGGUUUUCCUGCCACCCCUCUCAUCGAAUCUCGCACCAGAUUCUGCCUGUCUGCCGCGCAUACCCGUGAAAUGCUGGACAAGGCUUUGGAAGCCAUCGAUGAAGUAGGUGACAUUCUUCAACUCAAAUACUCGAAACAGACACAGAAGAAAUAGCUGGAGCUACAGAGGUCACAUAGAAACAAAACACUCUAACAUAGACAUGAAAUAACUGGUAUUAUUGUUUCUUUAAAAUAAUAAUAAUAAUAUUUGAAUGUUACCCACACUGCAAUGGCCACAAAAGAGUAUGCUCUUUUUUUACUUGUGAGGCAAAGGUUUAGUUGCUGUGGUCGAACUUCUCUAGGAAUUUUUAAAUUAAAUGCAAAGUGCGAGAGACUGGGUGUCAGGUGUCAGCGCAGUAAACUUUGAGGUCCUGUCAGAUCAGGCUUUGAUUGGCGAAAAGUUCUGCCCAACUAUCCUUGAGGUACUUGCUGGGUAUCUUAGCAAAGUGCUUGGCUUAUAUUUAUUGAAGGACUUUAUGUGCUAAUUUUUUCUUCCUUUUCCCCAUAAGUCUUACAAAUAAGUUCUUGCGAGAGGUUUCUGUUUUCUUUGCCUAGCCUCUUUUCUGCAUCGUUUCCGUUUCCGAACAUUUUGCAGUUCAUUAAGAGAAAUAAACCAAUUUUUAAUAUCUGUUUCCUACACACUAAAACAAUUAUGCAACUCGACUUUGGUGCAUAGUUGUUAAAAAUGGCCCAGUUAUUUACAAAAAAUAUUGAUAUCAUUUAAGGGAAGACUCAGCAUAUGGAUAUUGAUUUUUUUUUAGACAAUUUAUACUUUUGGUCUACUAUUAUUAUAAAAAAAUGAAGUGCUCUUUCAGAGCGUUCCCUGCUAUGUACAAACAAUAGCGAUAUUAGUUUAAGGAUGCCUCAGAACGCAGAUAUUAUUUCUACUUUUGGUGUAGAUAUAUUUAAUCCUAUCAUAAGAUCUUGGUUUUAUAUUUGCUUUUCUUAAAUGGGGAAGGGGUGUGAUAAAAACCAUGUAGUAGAUAAAUAUGGACAGUACCGGUUGAAAGCUGAAUGCUUAAAGUUUUGAUUAAUGACAAUCGAAUGGGAUAGAUGUAGUUGUGUUAAAAUAUAAGCUCUUUUAAAGCCAUCACCAACAGUAAUCGAAGACGGAGCUUUGUAAUAAAUUGAACAAUUUUUGUUAAUAGGGUUGAUAAGCACAAGAAUGAAGUGAUGCUAGCAAUGGUGUAGAGAAGUCUUAAACAAUUGCCUCUGCAAUAAAAGCAUUUUGAAGAUGA